AUUUCACUAAGUCUCCAUCAUGAACUACCUGCGUCGACGACUCUCGGACAGCAAUUUCAUGUCCAACCUGCCUAAUGGCUACAUGACCGAUCUCCAACGCCCCGACCCGCCGCAGCAAAGCCCCGCAGUGUCGCCAGGGCCGUCGGAGAGGCGCCAGUCCACCAGCCAGCAGCAGCCUAUAGGUGGAGGCUCCGGCUUCUUCUCGUCCAUAUCAAAUGCUGUCAAACAGACCACAGCUGCGGCGGCUGCGACCUUAUCCGAGGCAGCGGACCGGGCAGGAGUCUCCAGCAGUGCCAAGAUCCUCCUGGUUAUCGACGACCAGCAGACCGACUGGGUGAAGGUCUUCAGAGGAAGAAAGGUCCACGGUGAAUUUGACAUCAAAGUAGAACAGGCAGAGUUCUCCGAAAUCAACCUGGUGGCCAAUUCCAUAGGCACCUACAAUGUGGACAUUGAUGCGAUCAGGAAUGGGCACAAGGUUACUAAGUCAUUUAAGCCAGACUUUGUGCUGAUCAGACAGCAUGCCUUCAGCAUGGACAAAAAUGGAGACCACCGGAACAUGGUGAUUGGAUUGCAGUAUGCUGGACUGCCAAGUGUUAAUUCUUUGCACUCGGUCUACAAUUUCUGUGACAAACCAUGGGUGUUUGCGCAGAUGUCUAGACUCCACAAGCAAGUGGGCCCAGAGGAGUUCCCACUGAUAGAGCAGGUUUACUAUCCAAACCACAAGGAGAUGAUCACCUCUCCUCGGUUCCCUGUAGUGAUAAAGAUGGGCCAUGCUCACUCAGGAAUGGGAAAGGUGAAAGUGGACAAUCAAUACGAUUUUCAAGAUAUUGCCAGUGUUGUGGCACUGACCAAGACUUAUGCUACUUCUGAGCCCUUCAUUGAUGCAAAGUAUGAUGUCCGCAUCCAGAAGAUUGGGGACAAUUACAAAGCUUACAUGAGAACAUCAAUUUCUGGCAACUGGAAAACCAACACUGGCUCAUCUAUGCUUGAACAGGUGGCCAUGUCAGACAAAUACAGGCUGUGGGUGGACUCUUGUGCUGACAUCUUUGGGGGGCUGGAUAUCUGUGCUGUGGAGGCUCUACACGGUAAAGAUGGCAAAGACUACAUUAUCGAGGUUGAUGACUGUUCAAUGCCACUGAUUGGGGACCAGCAGGAGGAGGAUCGUGUUCAGAUUGCAGAGCUGGUGGUGUGUAAGAUGAACCAGGCUGUUCCUCGCACUUCAAGCCCAUCCACAGUCCGUGCCACUGCAGGACAGCCAGCACAGAAAGCAGUGUCUCCUCAGCCUGUCUCACAGCCCAGAGUACCACAGGCUCUACAGCGCCCCUCUCCUCAGGGGGGUCCUCAGCAUAGUCCCCCAUCUCAGCAGCGCCCACAGCCUCAAGGCCAACCUCCUGCCCAGGCACAGCAAUCUGCUGCCAGCCCUGCUACCGGUGACCCCAGUGCCCAGGCUAAGGCUAGCCAAGGACCUGCAGCCCAGCCUCGGCCACCAAGUCAGGGAACUCCUCAAGGCCAGAGACCUCCCUCUGGUCAGGGCUCUCCUCAACGAAGCCAGGGAGGUUCACCUCAAGCUCAGAGGCAACAGUCUGUCACUCAGCAGCAGCAGAAACCAUCUGCAGGCCCGAAACCUCCAGCAGGCCAACCACAGCAGCAGAGGCCAGCCCAGCCCCCUAGGCAGCAAUCACAGGGGGGACCACAGCAACAGAGGCCUCCUGGCCAGCAAGGUCGUCCAGGAGCAGCCACCACCCAGCAGCCCCGUCCUGCUGCUCAAGGCCAUGGGGGCCCAGGGGGACGACCACCGCUGCAGCAAAAGCCUCAGCCCCCAAACAAGCCCAGUCAGGACAACCCGACUAUGGGCAGCUCUCCACAACUAAACAAGUCCCAGUCUCUUACCAAUACCUUCAACAUUCCAGAAACCCCAGCGCCACGAGCCAGCCUUAGCCAGGACGAGGUGAAGGCUGAAACCAUACGCAAUCUACGCAAAUCUUUUGCCAGUCUCUUCUCAGACUGAGACGGCAUAAGCCCCCCUACUCUCCUCCUACUGACAGAAAGAUGGACAGGCAAACUGAAGGGCAAGAUUCCCCCAACUGACAAGGACCAACACAAUGCCGUCUCCAAUUCAUGUACAUUGACCCUGAUAUGACAAUGUGCACACUUGAAACCCACUGCCUAAAUUGUUAAAACCUUUUGAAAUGAACAAAAAAGUAGAAUACACAGUAAAUUUAGGCACUGAUGUCUAAAACAUUCCUUGCCUUGCCUCAAGCUUAAGUAAGUCAUCUACUAUUUGUGUCACACAAACAACACCACGCAAAAGCCUGUAUAUGC